CCUACAUCACAAGUAGUCUAAACCAAUCCAUUCCACACCAUGAAUAAGGCAUUCUAAGCUGUCUUGUCCCAUCCUUUGUACUGAUCACCAGGCCCCAUUUUCAAGACCUUCUAGCUCACCAGGCCACCAUUGGCAAAGUCUUUAUGGUCUCCAUCCCCCCCCGCAAUACAAGUCCAACAAUCAAAAUGAAUGGUUAUUCCAAGAUCAAAAUCUUUGGCGCUGCCAAUUCAAGAUCCAUAGACUUCUCAGAUCCUUCCUUGGCAUUUCCUGAGCCCGCAAAAUCCAACACAAGCACCUUCCUCGAGCACCAGGAAAGCGAAACCAAGAUCAUAAACCAGGACAUCAACACCAUGAACGUAAUUCGUUCUGGCACCACCUCCGCCACCACUCAAGAUUCACUCUCAGUUUUUGAAGAUGAUCAAGAAAACGAUGUUGAGGAGAGGCUUAGCAUGAAGCUGCGGAGGAACCCUUCGGUUUCUUCAUCAGCUUCUGCAGUGAAGAAAGCAUUCUCCAUGAGAAGAUCUACUUCGGUGUCAGAAGGGUAUUGCAGGAUCCAUAACCAAUCUAUGACAUCUGCAUCACCCAUCCAUGAUGAAGAUGAUACUUUGGACACAAUGAAGUCAACAAGAUCUGUGAAGAAAAAACAUAGCAGAGGCAGGAUCCUCGGAGCGUUAAAAUUUUGAAUGCUGUAACUGUUGGAGAUACUGAAGUAGCAUAUUUCAUCUAUUAAAUUAAGCUACAUGGUUGAUUCAUAUUUUUGUUCUCUACAAUCCAUUUGGAGUAAGCAAUGAAUUUUAUUUUUUCUGGAGUUCCAAAAA